CUAUGUGAACAUGUGUGCCGCUUUGAGGGGCUGUCCAACUCUCUCUCUCUCUGUUUUUACAGGAACCAGGCUUGCUGUUUCUGUCUUGCCAUGAUUUCAGUGACACUGUUUAGGAAACACAGACAACUCUUUUCUACUCAGCAGGUUCAUUUGCUUCACGGUUUGAGAGUCUUGGAUGAAAAAUGGCCGUCCGAUAUAUCAAGCUCAAGUACUUGUGGAUUUAUGCUUUGAAUUAUGAAAUACUAUAAAAUACAACAAAAAUGGAGGUCACAUCGGAGGUGAAUUUGGAGAAUCAUCAGUCUUGGACAGCUUUAGGAUUGCACAAAGUGACCUUUUUCACAAAAGACUCAUCUAUAGAAUAUGCUGCUAUCUCAACUAAUGACUCACUGGAGCGCAGAGGAGAUGAUUUUUGUUCUAAAGCCCAAAGCUCACUCUUGGAGCGAAGUGGGGAUAUAGCCACAAAUGAAAAGGCUUUUGUUUGUGCUGUUCAGAAAAACAUUCAAUCUGUGAAGACUGUGUGCUUUCUGGAGACUGAAGAAAAGUCAGUCAUCCCUAGGGAAGCAUCUCCAGACACAGCUCAGCUUCUUGAAUCGAAACUUAUUUCACUCAGGACGAAUCAGAACUGCUGUGGUAACUUUUCACCUCCUCCUCCUGAAUCAGAAGACCGGUCAAGCAAAGCUGUUCAAAAUCAUCCUGAUGAGACGCUGGAUUUUAACUGUGAAUAUUUGAAAAUAGACCGCAAAAACUUUGACCCAGUCGCCCUUAAUCGGAACUCCAUUCCUAUCACUGAGGUCCCUGCAGCUAUUCCCGAGUGUGGCUUGAGAGUCCUGGAUUUGCCGCACAUUGUGAAACACAAACAGAGCUCCAUUACCUUCUCAGACUACACCUGCCCUCCGACAGGCAACAGCUAUGCUUUUGUAAAUGAGAGCUCUGACGACGGAGGCUCAUCACAGGAAGGUGAGCAGGAGGACGAUGAUGGUCAUCAUGACGGCGACAAUGACGACGACGACGAUGACGAUGUGUUCCCAGAGCUACCUCACGGUCGAGAUCUCCUUGUCUAUCAUAGACAGAGGAACGCAGGCAAAGAGAAAGAGAAAAAGAAACUUUGCAUGAGCUCGCGAGCAGGAAAUGAUCACACACUGAGAAGCUGUGGUUAUGAAGCAGAGGGGGAAACCAGCAGUGAGAAGGAGUCUCCACAGGUCCAGUCACCCUGGUCGGAGUCAAUAAGUCAGCUAAUGAGGAAACUAGACCAACUUAAUCUGGACAUAGACGAGGCUCUGAGUGCAAGCUCGUCCCCCUCCGACACACCCUGCACCACCCGCAAGAAACAGUGGGGUGGUGCGCUUCCAAAGUCCACGUUAAACCGAACCCUGAACGACCAAGUUGUCCACAGACCAGAAAGAGAAGAAUGCCAGAACAGAGACUGGUCUUCUACACCUCGCAGAUCCUCAAUGGGAACCAGAGCAAGAACUAAGAAGACGAUGUUCAGGAAGGUGACGGAUGCAGCAGGUGCAGAAAUUGAGGCGAAAGAGGCGUGUGAUUGGCUGCGGGCAGCAGGAUUUCCCCAGUAUGCUCAGCUCUUUGAAGACUCGCAGUUUCCCAUUGACAUUACUCCUGUGAAAAGAGAUCAUGAUUUUUUGGACAAAGAUCUUGUGGAACCUCUGUGCAGGCGACUCCACACUUUAAAUAAGUGUGCCUCUAUGAAACUUGACGUGAAUCUUCCAAAGAAGAAAAGUGAAGACUCUGAUGAAGACGAUCUGUUUGCUAUUAGUGACAAAUGGACCUUUGAGUGGAGCAGCCGGCGCUGGUCCAGGUUACAGGACAUUGACAGUCUGCUGGGAAAUCACAGAGAGGGUGAGCUCUCCAGAGAUGGUGUGCCUCUGAGAACUACCACCAGCAGCGAGAGUGUUCUGACAGACCUCAGCGAGCCAGAGGUCUCUUCUUUGCACAGCGAGAGCAGCGGAGGCAGCGGUCAUCGGGGCCUCAGCACAGAGGACUCUGACUGUUCCAAUCGCACCUGCUCAGACACUGCAGCAAUGCCAGACUCGACUUCUCUCACAAUGCCUCACAUCCCCAAAGAAUUUGCUCACUUCAAUUCACCAUCUGACAAGCACAGCAAAACAACCCGCUCUUGUGCCAAGGAGUUACUAAAGCGUAUGGAUACACUGAGCUCCCGAGGUAAUCUGGGAAAAGGCCAUAAGACGCUGGUAAUCAGCUCUCCUGUGCUGCAGCAGGAGGCCCAGGUCCUGAAGAAAUUGAGGUGUGAAGACAUCAUAAAUGGAGAUGGUGGAGCUCUGGAACCACCAUGCAAUAAAAUUCUGCCAUCCCACUCCAGUAGUGAGGGUAGCAGCCAUUCUGGUGGCAGCACUGUCAGCACACCCAGCCUAAAAGAGCAUAAGCCUCACCGUGUUGACCAUAAACGCAGUGGCAUGUAUUUGGAGGACAUGGACAUCUUCUCAGGAUCCCAAAUGAAUAAAGUUGCAGAACAAAAUCGUAGAAAUGAAUUUUGCUCUUAUGAAAACCUCGUGGUCCACAUUCCCAAAGACCACAAGCCAGGAACCUUUCCCAAAGCAUUGUCCAUAGAGAGCCUGUCCCCAACUGGUGGUGCCUCAAUUAACUGGCACACUGGCAGUAUGCACCUGGACUCCCCUUUAAUUUCAUGCAGGAAGGAAACACGGCCUGCCACCAAGUCCUCUUCCAGAGGUAGCCGCAUCAGUGUGUACGAUAAUGUUCCUGGCUCGCAUCUGUAUGCCAGCACUGGAGACCUGAUAGACCUGGAGAAAGAGGAUCUGUUUCCACACCUGGAUGAUAUCUUGCUGCAUGUCAAUGGUCUACAACAGAUAGUGGACCACUGGUCAAAAAAUGUGUUACCUGGAGGCGAGGGGAUAGUACAGAUCGAUGACGGGAAGGAUGAUACAGCGGGGCUUCAGUCCUCUAGUCAGAUUACAUUGGACUUUGAGGGAAAUUCUGUCACGGAAAGCCAGAUCGUGCCUAGUGAUGGAGACAGAGACAAAGUAUCACUUACAGAGACAGAAUCUACAAGGCUCAGGGAAAGGAGGGACUCCGGAGUAGGUGCAUCACUCACAAGACCUAAUAGGUUACGAUGGCCCAGCUUUCAGAUAUCUAAUCGUCUAAGUCACUCAAGAGCAUCCCUGCAGAUUACAAACCAAUCAGCAGGCCAGCUGAGUUUGUUACAAAAGUUUUCACUGUUGCGUUUGACUGCAAUCAUGGAGAAAUAUUCCCUGACCAAUAAACAUGGCUGGGCUUGGUCUGUGCCAAAAUUUAUGAAGAGAAUGAAGGUACCAGAUUAUAAGGAUAAGAUUGUGUUCGGAGUUCCUCUCAUUGUGCAUGUGCAGCGUUCAGGACAGCCCUUGCCCCUCGGCCUGCAGCAGGCCCUGCGGUACUUGAGGAGUCAGUGUCUUGACCAGGUGGGUCUUUUUCGUAAAUCAGGCGUGAAGUCUCGAAUUCAAGCUCUGAGGCAGAUGAAUGAAAGUUCUCCAGAAAAUGUGAAUUAUGAGGAUCAGUCCGCCUAUGAUGUGGCUGAUAUGGUGAAGCAAUUCUUCAGGGACUUACCUGAGCCCCUACUUACCAGCAAGCUGGGAGAGACCUUCCUCCAUAUUUACCAGUAUGUACCAAAGGACCAAAGAUUACAAGCUGUCCAGGCAGCCAUCAUGUUGAUGUCUGAUGAAAACCGAGAGGUACUGCAGACGCUACUCUGUUUCCUUAGUGAUGUCACUUCCUCUGUGGCGGAGAACCAGAUGACACCUAUGAAUAUUGCUGUGUGCCUGGCUCCGUCCCUCUUCCAUCUCAACAAAAUGAAGAAGGACAAUCUUUCACCAAGGGCCAUGCAUAAGAAGUAUGCUACUGGUAGACCAGACCAGAAGGAUCUGAAUGAGAAUUUAGCAGCGACACAGGGCCUCGCUCACAUGAUCAUAGAGUGCAACCGCCUCUUUGAGAUCCCUCAUGAGAUGGUUACUCAGUCGCGUAAUUCCUAUGUGGAGGCUGAUUUGCAUGCACCAACAAUUGACGAGCUGUGCAAGCAGUCGGAAGAUGAGGACGGAACAUACCAAACACUUUUGGAGGGGAGACUUCAGAACCUGCUCAAAGAGGCCCGGGAAAAAUCCAAAUACUGGGUGUCUUGCAGCAGCUCUGAUAACACAGAGCUCUAUUAUAAGAAGGUGGGAGAUGGCAACCCUUUGAGACGUUGGAAAGUGUCUGUCGAGGUGGAAGCACCGCCAUCUGUGGUGUUGAACCGGGUGCUGCGAGAGCGCCACCUGUGGGAUAUGGACCUCCUUCAGUGGAAAGUGUGCGAGACACUGGACAGGCAAACAGAAGUGUUUCAGUAUGUCCUGAGUCGCAUGCCCCCUCAUCCCAGCAGGGACUUUGUAGUUCUUAGGUCAUGGAGGACAGACUUGCCCAAAGGUGCUUGCUCCCUGGUUUCUGUGUCUAUAGAGCAUGAAGACUGUCCUCCUUUAGGAGGGAUAAGGGCUAUAGUCCUGGAGUCUAACUACCUAUUAGAGCCCUGUGGCUCAGGAAAGUCCAGACUAACUCACAUCUGCAGAGUGGACAUGAAGGGAAGGACUCCAGACUGGUACAACAAAGCCUUUGGCCACCUUUGUGCUGCAGAAGCUGCCCGAAUCCGCAACUCCUUUCAGCCACUAAUCACAGACGGCCCAGAGACCAAAAUCUGACAUUCUUUGCUGCUUGUGUCUGCUCAGCCUUGAGAUCAACAUUGAGCCUUUGAGUCAUUGCUAACAGCCACAAAAAGCAGAGACAGGACUCCAGAACGAAAGCACAGUUUAUUGUUUGUUUGUCUGAAUGCAAAAUGCUCUGAAAAUAACUUAUGGCUCCUCUGUAAUUGCACAAUUUUAAAAGAGGACAUCUUAUAGGUGCUGAGCAUAAUUCUUCAUUGGGAAAUUAAUUAUCCUGCCAAUAUCAUUGACAUUUAUGACUAUUUUAUUUACCUUCAUGUUUCUAAAACUGUAUGUUAUAAUAAUUAUCUUUAAUAAUAUUAUUGUAUUAUUGUUUCUACAAUGUCUAGGACAUUCAAGCUCUGAAAUGCUUCUGGGAAGCAUAUAUUUGUUUGUUUCAGAUUUAAAGCUAUAAUUAUUUAGAUGUACACUCAAGUGUAUAUAUGUGUGUCUGUGUGUGUGUGUGAAUAUACUGUAAAUUAAAUAGAAUGUAUAUUUUGUAUAUAUGUGUGUGUGUAUAUAUAUACAUAUAUAUAUAUAUAUAUGAAGGGGUAAUGAGUACAUAUGUUAAUUUUCCAUAUAUUAAUUCAUUUUUCUGUGUGAACCGUUCUGUCAAACACAUGGUACAAAAUUGUAAGCUGGUUUUACUUUGCUCCUUUAUUGCCAUUUUGAAAUGGGUGUAACUGUAAUAAACAUUGACCUUCAGUGGUUGUGAAGAAGGUGACUUAAGGUUUGACUUGAUCAUACCUGCUUUAGGGUACUGGAUUGUGCAGUCAGGUACAAAAAUGUCUUUUUUUUAAAAUAAAACCAUGAAAAUGA